CCGCCACCCCCUCCCUCCCCAUCCCGCUGCCGAGCGCCCCAACCCCCUCGCUCCGUCGCUCGUCUUCCUCCUCGUGCGAGCGCCUCCACCGCAGGUAUCUAUCUCCACUUCAAUUCUCUCGUUCCCGACCGUUUCUCCUCCCAUCACCCCACGAACAGAUCCCGCCCUUUAGCUUCCCGUUGCACGUCCUUAAUCUUCCCCAAUUCGUAACCGAGGCAAAAAUCAAGUUACAUUUGGUCGCUAUAGCUGAUUUGGAAAGGAAAAAGUUGAAGCUUUCAUGUCGCAAAGUGCAAACCAACUCUUGAGGUACAGCGUAUGAGGGCUUUUUGAAACGGAAUUCUUCUGGCUAGUUCAGGAUGACAACAUCAUCACUAAUUUCUGAUGCAUUCAGAAAGUUAUGUAAUCUUUUAAGAACCUGGGCCAGCCCCUGGUCCUCGGAGGUGGCGGCUGAGCAGGGUGGCGCAUCAAGGUUGUUCACGGGAGCAGCAGACUUCGCCAUGGACAAUAACACAUUCGCGGAGGCUCAGAUCAGGGCCGCUUUCUACCCCAAAUUUCAGAACGAGAAGUCCGAUCAAGAGACAAGUAAACAGAUGAUUGAGAUGGUGUCGCGUGGCUUUGCUACCAUGGAGGUUACGCUGAAGCAUUCAGGAUCUCUAUUCAUGUAUGCUGGUCACCGUGGAGGAUAUUCCAAGAAUAGCUUUGGAAAUAUCUACACUGCUGUGGGCGUUUUUGUCCUGGACCGUAUGUUUCAUGAAGCUUGGGGGAAGGAAGCUCCUCAAAUGCAAGCCGAAUUUAAUGAUUAUCUCCAGAAAAACCGGAUAAACAUUUCAAUGGAACUUGUAACAGCUGAAUUAGGAGACCAUGGGCAAAGGCCAAAGGACGAUUAUGCUGUGGUUACAGCUGUAACAGAGUUGGGUCAUGGUAAACCAAAGUUCUAUUCUACUCCAGACGUGAUUGCCUUUUGUCGAAAAUGGCGCCUAUCAACAAAUCAUGUCUGGCUAUUUUCCACAAGGGAAUCUGCCACUUCUUUUUUCAGUGCCUAUGAUGCAUUGUGUGAAGUGGGGACUGCCACACCAGUUUGCGAAGCCCUUGACAGGAUAGCUGAUAUAUCUGUACCAGGGUCCAAGGAUCAUUUAAAGGUACAGGGUGAGAUACUUGAAGGUCUGGUUGCCCGUAUUGUUAGUCAUCAAAGUUCAGAUCAAAUGAAAGAAGUCUUGAGAAGCCUCCCCCAGGCUCCAUUACAUGGAGUUGACUCUGAUUUAGGACCAAGUUUACGUGAAAUAUGUGCCGCUCAUAGGUCAGAUGAAAAGCAGAAAAUUAAAGCACUUCUUGAAAAUGUCGGAUCUUCAAUGUGUCCAGACCACUCUGAUUGGUUUGGAAACAGUAGUCUUGAUGCUCAGUCUCAAAGCACUGAUGAAUCGCUUGUCACUUCCUUUUUGGAAGCACAUCCUACAGACUAUGCAACUAAGAAAUUGCAGGAGAUGAUUCGUUUGAUGAAGCAGAGAAAUUUCCGUGUAUCGUUCAAAUGUUACUUGAAUUACCAAAAUGUUGAUUCUCUUUCAUACAAAAUGGUUAUCCAUGUGCGCAGGGAUUCUAUUUUUAGACGUUAUCAGAAAGAGAUGAGGAAAAAUCAAGGGUUAUGGCCACUGUACAGGGGUUUCUUCAUUCAUAUAAACCUGUUCAAGGCGAACAAUAAGAAGGGUGCUGAACUUUCCAAAGACAGUAACACUUCACUGGAAAUUAUUGAUGGUGCCGUGUGUUCAAGUUCGUCGGCUCAGGAUGGUCUGGCUGGUGAGGAUUCAAGUUUGAUGGUCAAACUAAAAUUCCUGAAUUAUAAGAUCAGGACCUUUUUAAUUCGGGAUGGCCUCUCCAUCCUUUUCAAAGAAGAUGGCCCAUCUAAUUAUCAAGCUUAUUGCCUGAGGCAAAUGAAGAAUUGGGGAACAUCGGCACAUAAACAGAAAGAGCUUUGCAAACUGUUGAAUCAAUGGGCUAUCCACAUUACAGGGAAGUGUGGCAAUAAGCCACUCUCGUCCUCAGCGUAUCUUGAUGAGGCAGAGCCUUUCCUUGAACAAUAUGCUAACCAGGCUUUGGUAGGGGCUGCUGGUGUCUUGGUUCAAGCAGAAAAUUUGAGAGAUGGAGAGGAUGAUCUUCAGCCAGAAUGUGGGGCAGCACCUUCUAGUCCUACAACGUCCCUCGAUGUUGUUUCCAAAACUGAGGGCCUUAUUGUCUUCUUUCCUGGUAUACCUGGUUGUGCAAAGUCCACUCUAUGUAAGGAAAUAUUGGAAAUGCCUGGUGGCCUCGGUGAUAAUCGCCCUCUUCAUAGUUUGACAGGAGAUCUUAUUGGAGGAAGAUACUGGCAAAAGGUUGCUGAUAAGCAAAAAGAGGAACCGUUUAGAAUAACCCUGGCCAAUAAAAACGCACCAAAUAAGAAAGUGUGGCAGCAGAUUGAGUAUAUAUGCAGGACCACAAAAGCAGCUGAUGUUUCUGUUAUUUCUGAUUCUGAAGGCACCGAUACAAAUCCAUUUUCUUUGGAAGCUCUUGCUGUUUUCAUGUUUCGUGUGCUCCAACGGGUCAAUCAUGAUGGACAUCUGGACGAGGCAUUGUGGAAUGCUGGUUAUGUUUUGCUGAAGUUCUACAACCUGUAUGAGGGCAAGAGUCGAAGUGAAUUCGAAAGCGAACUGUAUGAGCGUUUUGGCUUCUUGGUUAAGAUGCCUCUUCUGAAGCCAGAUAGAGGUCCAUUGCCUGGUGAUGUUAAAAGUAUCUUAGAUGAGGGGCUUAGCUUAUUCACUCAUGGAAGAGCGGAGCUAUCGCAAGGUUCAUAUGUUAGAGAAUGGGCACAGUGGGAGAAGAGGUUGCGCGAGAUCUUGUUUGGGAAUGCUGAUUAUCUUAAAUCCAUUCAGGUUCCAUUUGAGGUUGCUGUGAAAGAAGUAGUGGAUCAGUUAAAGGCUGUCGCAAAAGGUGAUACUAUAACACCUGCUACUGCGAAGCAGAGCUUCGACAAUAUCAGUUUUGCUGCUGUGACUUUAUCCCAGGCAGAUAUAUUGGGCCUUGUCCGGAAGGUUGCAGAGAAGGACACUGACGUCAGCAAUUUUCUUAACGGCAUAAAAUUAGAGGAUAACCUGAUGAAGGUGCAUGUCACCCUCGCCCACAAAAGAGCCCAUGGUGUAGCUGCAGUUGCAAGUUACAGCCUCUACCGGAACAAAAAACUCCCCGUAUCAUUUAACGCAUUCUUCUACAACGACAAGAUGGCUGCGCUCGGGGCGCAGCUUGGAAUGGUAAAUGGUGAGGCUAUUGUCUCUAACAAUGAUUUUCCACAUUGUACUCUAUGGACUGUGGGAGGUGUUGCGCCAAAGGAAGCAAACACACUGCCACAGUUGGUUUCCCAAGGAAAAGCAAAGCGGGUGCUGAUCGACUCUCCUAUCACCAUCUCUGGAAUUGUAAACUUUUAUUGAUUCGUCAUCUUGUUUCUAGAUUAAUUUGGUGCAUAAAUAAAGGUAAGAGCACGGAAUUGUAGGUAGCUGAUGGUUGGGACAUCUUUGUAAAUGUUGGUUUAAAUUUCGCCACAAAGUUUUGCCCUUGUUCUCUUGUUCCUGAAUUUCUUACUGGACAAGGACGAGGAUUGGGUCGCUUUCUCUUGUCAUGAGGAGUUUCGGAUUUUCAGAA